UUUGUACAAUGAAGUUGUCAGUUAAACAUUCGACGUUAUUUUGUUUUAUUAAAUCACAAUUACAUGGUUACAGUUAAUAUAAAUGCAAAAUGGUAAAUAUAAUUAAUGAGACCGCUGUGAAAAAUAUUGGAAAGGUUUUAAACGACCCUUCUAGACCUAUGAAAGAAAGAUUUCGGGCUUUAUUUACGCUUCGAAACUUAGGAGGUAAUACCGCAAUAAAUUGUAUCAACGACUGCUUUAGCGAUGAUUCAGUUCUUUUAAAACAUGAAUUAGCCUACUGCCUUGGUCAGAUGCAAGACAAAACAGCUAUACCUCUUCUAAGAAAUGUCUUGGAGGAUAAAACUCAAGAUCCAAUUGUUCGGCAUGAAGCAGGUGAAGCAUUGGGUGCUAUUGGUGAUCCACAUCUACAGGAAUUAUUAGAAAAAUAUCAAUAUGAUUCUGCAAUUGAAGUAGCUGAGACCUGUCAGAUAGCAUUAGAAAGACUUAAUUGGAUUGGAAAACAGAAUAGUGAAAAAUUAAGCAGUAGUAAAUUUCUCUCUAUUGAUCCAGCACCACCAAGUACUGAAGAAGAUGUAGAUGUCUUAAAGAAUACUAUGAUGGAUGAAAGUAAAACCUUAUUUGAUAGAUACAGGGCUAUGUUCAGUUUAAGGAACUUGGGUACAACUGAGAGUAUCAAUGCUUUGGGUGAAGGAUUCAAAGCAAGUAGUGCUCUGUUCCGUCAUGAAGUUGCUUUUAUCUUUGGACAAAUGCAAGAUGAGCGUAGCAUUCCAUUUUUGAAACACACACUUGAAGACACAUCUGAACAUGAAAUGGUGCGACAUGAGGCAGCUGAGGCACUUGGUUCAAUUGCUACUGCUGAAUGUACAGAGGUUCUUAAAAAGUACUUAAAUGACCCUCGCCCGGUGGUGCGUGAGAGUUGCGAAGUUGCUCUCGAUAUGUCUGAGUAUGAGAACAGUACGGAAUUGCAAUACGCUAAUACAUUGCUUUCCGUCGAGAGUUAGAUUUUGUAUAGAGCUAUUCAUAAUGUUUGAAGACCCCUUAUUCAAAUUUCUGUUACUUUGACUAUUUAAUGCAAGGUGAUUCUGUGUCUGCUUGAAGUUUUUCGCCGGUUCGAACCCAAUACCUAAUUGAGUAAUGUGAUUA